AUGUCAGCCUUUGCAGCUGAGGACCUAGCAACAAAUCUGAAGGACUUGGAUCUGCAAGCGGAAGAUAUGCCUCUACAGCGAAGCCUCGGUUUGGGCUGGGAUGUCAACAGUGACACCUUUGUCUUUCAACUGUCGAAGGACCACAAACCUGCCACACGAAGAGGUUUACUUUCAACCGUCAACGGGAUUUAUGACCCUCUAGGCUUCUUAGCACCAGUGACUAUUUAUGGUAAACUCUUACUCAGGAAACUUAUACUUCAAACUCAAGACUGGGAUGAACCUCUCUCUGAGGAACUAACAUCUCUUUGGAAUUCCUGGAAGGAUUCUUUAGAUGCACUUGAGGACCUACAUAUCCAACGGACAUAUGUGACCAAUCUCAGCAAAGUUAUGAGAAAAGAGCUUCAUGUGUACAGCGACGCAUCUGAAAAGGCCAUAGCAGCUGUCAUUCAUUUGCGCACCACAGAUAGUGACGGACAGUCCAAAGUUGGAUUUGUGUUGGGCAAGGCCAAAGUCGCACCCAUGAGUGGACACACUAUCCCACGACUGGAAUUGUGUGCAUCGGUGUUAGCACUUGAGAUUGCACAGUGUGUUCUGAAUCACCUUGACAUACAAAUAGACUCUGUGAAGUAUUACACUGAUAGCAAAGUAGUCCUGGGCUACAUCUGUAAUGAGUCUAGGAGAUUUUACAUCUAUGUUGGCAACAGAGUGGACCGCAUAAGAAAGUUUACAACUCCAAGCCAAUGGAACUACUUGUCUACUGAUCGGAACCCUGCAGAUCUAGCAACGAGAUGUCUACCUGCACAUGAGCUUCAAGAUAGCGCUUGGUUGCAAGGACCAAAACAACUUCAUGUCAUUAAACGUGAGGAACAGAAUGAGAAUGGACAUCCGCUCAUUGAGCCAGAUGAAGAUAAAGAGAUUCGCCCUAUAGUUUCAUCCAUGAAAACCUGCACCGCAGACAAUGAUGGUGAACAACCUUGCACUCCAAUGACUCAACGAUUCCAGCGAUUCUCUGAUUGGAGAAGACUUGUGGUAGCCAUGAACUUUCUCAGACACAUGCUUUUCAAGUUUAAAGGCAAAGACAUUGAUCUUAACACUGUGACCGAAAGGUACCAGGACACAGAGCAUUUUGUGAUUCGAAUAGUGCAGUCUGAGAUGUACUGUGAGGAGAUUGACUGCAUACGACGAGAUGAGCCUCUACCGAGACGAAGCCCAAUAGCCAACCUUAAUCCAUUCUUAGAUGAUCAGGGCUUUCUACGCGUAGGAGGUCGAAUAGUCAACUCAAAAUUGACCUUGCAAGAGAAGAGACCAUUGAUUAUUCCUGGACGCCAUCAUAUAGCAACCCUAUUGGUUCGACACUAUCAUGAAAAUGUCAAGCACCAAGGGCGUCAUUUCACCUAA